UAAUAGUGGAGCAUAACAUCGAGAGAACUAGUACCCACUCACCUAACUUUCUGUUUCUCGUUCUUCACAAAGAAAAUUUCCCAGGAAUUCGUAUGAACAUUUGAACAUCGCAGCCGUAACAAUGGUGGAUUUGGAGUUCUUACAGACAAUGGACACUCAAAUUCUCGUGGGUGUUGCUGUGGCUCUUGUAGCUGUCGUUGCUGCUGCGGCUUUCUUGUUCAUCUCCAAGAGACCAAAAGGCUGUUUGGAUCCUGAGAAAUUCAAGGAGUUUAAACUUGUGAAACGUGAACAGCUCAGUUAUAAUGUCGCAAAGUUCAGAUUUGAACUCCCCACUCCUACUUCAGUGUUGGGUCUACCAAUUGGACAGCACAUAAGCUGCAGGGGUAAAGAUGCACAAGGGGAAGAGGUCAUCAAGCCAUACACGCCGAUAACGUUGGACUCGGAUGUCGGUUACUUUGAGCUUGUUAUCAAGAUGUACCCUCAAGGAAGGAUGUCUCAUCAUUUCCGGGAGAUGCGUGUUGGUGAUUAUCUUGCUGUGAAGGGACCAAAGGGACGGUUCCGAUAUCAACCUGGCCAAGCUAGAGCAUUCGGGAUGCUUGCUGGUGGCUCAGGCAUCACCCCCAUGUAUCAGGUUGCACGAGCCAUUCUUGAAAACCCGAAAGAUACAACAAACGUGCAUCUUAUUUAUGCCAAUGUUACAUACGAUGACAUUCUAUUAAAGGAAGAGUUGGACGGUCUUGCUGCGAAAUACCCCAAUCGCUUUAAAGUGUUUUAUGUUUUGAAUCAGCCUCCAGAAGCGUGGAAAGGCGGUGUCGGAUUUGUGACCAAGGAAAUGAUCGAUGCCCAUUGUCCUGCACCAUCAUCUGAUAUUCAAAUUCUCAGGUGUGGCCCUCCUCCGAUGAACAAAGCCAUGGCCGCUCACCUCGAAGCUCUCAAGUACACGCCAGAGAUGCAGUUCCAGUUUUAAUGAUGAUCCAAGAACAAGAGAUGAUGUUUCUUUUCGCUUCUUUUGAACUCUGACGGUUAUAAGAUACUGUGGAUGAAAUGAGAACUUGGAUUGUAGACUUUGCAAUAUGGUUUUACCAAACACUAUCUUGUCAUUGUUUGCUCCGAGGAUGUUAUAAUAAUGUUAACUUCCGGCU